GCUAUUUGAGUGAUUGCAAAGGGAUCGGGGUUUGCAUGCUGGGAUUCUGACCUGCUAGCAGGGCAAUGUCUGAGUGAGAAGAGGAGAGAAGUAGGGGUUCGAAGUCAGAAGUGACAAAAGAGAAGCAAAAGCAUCAGCUGGAAUUUCAGUGGGAACAAAAAAAGAGACAAGGGGAGACAAAAGGAGAUCUCAGGAAGACUAGGCUGAGAGGAGAGCGCCGAGGUGUGUUAUAUUGACCUCAGUGCUCCUUUACCCCUGGUGUAGCGACUGAGUGACUAAGCCGAUAAAUCUUCUCUUGAAGUGGGAUUUCUUGUUUUUUCUCGUUUUGGGGGGGGUGGGGAGAAGCAGUCCUGUGAGCGCUAGGUGUUCCUUAUCGUGAGGCUAGAAAGGAGAGGGAGUCAGGGAACCCAAGGCACCUGAAUAGUUAGGAGGUCGGGAUUAGUGGGGGAUAGUGAAAUUUGUAAACAUGGUGAGUGUGACUUCAGUUCCCACCACUGCCGAAGGACUAUCUCAGCAACCUGAUAGGGAAUCUUCUACAGAUAUCCCCGAUUCAAUCCGGGAAGAAUCCGUUAAGAUCAAGGUGUCCAAGCUCCGCUGGGUGAUCGUGCUGUUGUUCAGUUCCUAUUCGCUGUGCAAUUCCUUUCAGUGGAUCCAGUAUGGGGCCGUUAGCAACAUCUUCGAGCACUUCUAUGGGGUCAGCACCUUUUCCAUUGACUGCUUGUCCAUGAGUUAUAUGGUGGCCUAUAUCCCGCUACUCUUCCCCGCGGCUUAUCUUCUGGAGAAAUGUGGCUUACGUACCAUUGCCCUCUUGGGGUCUGCCCUUAACUGCUUGGGGGCCUGGGUGAAAGUGGGCAGCCUGAAGCCAAAUCUCUUUCCAGUCACCGUGCUGGGGCAGCUUAUUUGCGCUGUUGCCCAAGUCUUCAUCCUUGGUAUACCCUCCAAUCUUGCUGCCGUCUGGUUUAGUGAACGGGAAGUUUCAACAGCCUGCUCCCUGGCUGUCUUUGGUAACCAGGUCGGUAUUGCCGUAGGAUUCUUGAUUCCUCCUCUUUUGGUACCCAACAUUGAGGACCGGGAAGAACUUGCCUACCACAUCAGCAUUAUGUUCUACAUGACUGGAGCGGUGGCCUCCCUGCUCUUCAUCCUGGUCAUCUUCAUAUUCAAGGAAAAGCCCAAAUAUCCUCCAAGCCAAGCCCAGCACUUGAGCUAUACGAUGGAAACACAGAGAGCUUCUUAUUUUGAAUCCAUUGCCCGGCUGAUAAAGAACUCAAAUUUUGUGCUACUCUUCAUUAGCUAUGGUUUGAAUACUGGUUCUUUCUAUGCCCUAUCAACGUUACUGAAUCGCAUGGUGACCCUCAACUACCCAGGUGAAGAAGUAAAUGCUGGCAGAAUUGGUCUGACCAUCAUCUUCUCAGGAAUGGCUGGGGCUAUGAUCUCAGGCAUCUGGCUGGAUAAAACUAAAACAUACAAACAGACAACACUGGUGGUUUAUUCCAUGACCCUAGUGGGCAUGAUAGCAUAUACUAUGACCCUGAGCCUUGGACACCUCUGGAUUGUGUUCCUUACAGCAGGCAUCCUGGGGUUCUUCAUGACUGGGUACCUCCCCCUGGGGUAUGAAUUUGCUGUGGAACUGACAUACCCAGAAUCAGAAGGAAUGUCCUCAGGCCUCCUUAAUGUAUCUGCUCAGAUAUUUGGGAUCAUUUUCACUAUUGGCCAGGGCCAGAUCAUUGAACACUUUGGAACACUGGCUGGGAAUGUCUUUCUGUGUAUCUUCCUUACCUUUGGAACUCUCAUAACGAUGUUCAUUAAGGCAGAUCUCCGGAGGCAAAAAGCAAAUGUGCUACCCAAUACUAAAACCUCAGAUGAGCAGCCCCAUCAGGACAAAAAUCCAGAUCCUUCGCUUGGUGAACACUUCUGAGAAGAGGAAUUGCAGGAAUCUGCAGGAAGCUGAAUUGCAGUGGCCUGCCUUCAUCCCAUUUUGUUAGCCAGCGGACUUGAGAGGAAAGGAUCUAUUCCUUCUAGAAGUCCCUUUCCAAGGACCUGGGAAGAUGUAGUCAGAAUUACUUUUUCCUUCUCUUGUCUUGAAUUAAUGGAAAUGGUGCUGACAAAGGCCAGUGGAGUAAUCUGCAGCCCAAACCUCUACUUUGGAUCUUUGCCUCUUCCUUCUUAACCCUCGUUCUUCAGUGGACAAGACCUGUGUAAUCACUCUGGGAAGGAAGUUCUUAAGGCAUUAACUUUCCUUUAGUGACUUUUUUGACCUCUGGAUGAAGCACUUUGCAAGGACUAGCUGUUAACUUUAAGGGAAACAAAACAAAAUCCAAAAAUUCCUGGGCUGACCAGAGCUGACUACUAUGUAGACAUUGGGAGAAAAGAGCAGGUGGCAGAGGCAAAGACACUUGGAACUGAGUUCAAACUGUUUAAUGUUGGAAUCUUUUUCCAAACUUCUUCAGGGCUGGUCAAAUUAAAUACUCUAGGAUACUUCUUUUGUUAUCAUGGAGAAAUAAUUUGGAAGGCUAAGAACUUUAUGGCAGUGAGUGCUAAAUAAAUCAUCUAUCCCCAUGCAGAAAACUACAUUUGAAAAUCUUGGCUGUUUGAUUUUUUAUUGGGAAAAAAAGAUUUUUAGAGAAGUGUCUGUGCAAAUAACUUAAGAUGACUUCCAACUUUACAUGCAGAAAGAGAUCAUUAGUUCUGCAGUUCAGUCCUGAGCCAAAGGGUCCCUGCCCUAACAGAAGAUAACAGUAAUCUUUUGUUGUUGUUCCACACAGUUUCCAAUUAUUCUAAGAAAUUCAGAACAUCAUCUGAGUGGAUAGGAGGAAGCGGAGGUAAAAGUGGCCUUUUGGGCAGGCCCUUUUUCUGGCAUCCAAUAUUCAGUACUCCCCCCUUCCUUUGCCCCGAUUUAGCAACCGUAUUCAUCAAACAUUUACAAUUUAAAGCUUCUCCUUUUAAAUCACCUCAGGCCAGAAUCUUAUCAGACCAUCUCCAUGACUCCCCUCUUGGGCUAUGGAGGUUUCUCCUGAGAAUGAAGGAUUUGAGAAAACCCUUGCUAUUGCAAAGUUCUUUGAUCUCAGCCUGUUUAAAACAGAAUAGCCUGUAGGAAAUCCUUGGACCAAUGACCCUGAGGAGUGAUUGUGCAUGUGUGGAAUAUGUUUAUAUAUAUAUGGGAAAACUUGUGAAGAUGCAGUUUGGGGACUUUUGGAGGGAAGUGGAUGAGUGCUGGUGAAAGCAUGAUUAGGGAUGUUAAAUUGUACAUAGGGAAAGAUAUAUGUGUAUAUAGGUAUACAUAUAUAUAUAUAUGUGUGUGUGUGUGUGUGUAUAUAUCUAUAUCUACUCCCUUCAGUUUAACAAAAUUACUCCCCUUAGUUUAACAAAAUAUUUACUGAAUGCUGCCGUAUUUUACAAUGAAAUAAUAUA